CUUAAGAGAAUAUACGUGGGGACUAAUUUAAAACAACACAAUAUGCAGGUUACAAUUUUGCUACUUUUUGUUGUAGUUGGGAUUUUGAUGAGAUCAAUAAGUUCAGAGAGGUACAUUGUUGGAGAAGGCUAUGGUUGGCGUCCUGCCCCUUAUCCUUCUCACUACCAAGAUUGGGCUAACACUGUAAAGUUUAAAGCUGGAGAUGAAUUAGAGUUUAGAUUCGAAAAACCUGACGAUUUGCUGGAGAUUGGAAAAUUCGACUACUAUGCAUGCACUUCCAACGCUGUUUUCAGGCCGUAUAGAGAGAGUCCAGCAACAGCAUUCUUACUGGCACCUGGAGAAUAUUACUUCAAAUCCAGCAACAAUACCAAUUGCAUUAAUGGCCAGAAACUUUAUGUAAAUGCAGAAGCUCCAAAUGAAGAUAAUGAUAAGUUUGACAACAAGAGCUAGAAAGAAAGGUGGAAUCAUGAGGAUAAAGACAAGGAUCACUAGAUUACUUUGUUUUAGAUUAGACAAUAACUAGAAGCAUAUCUAGGAUUUAGAGUCCGCGAGUUCAGAAUGAAUGUGAUUUUAUUACAUGCACUCAUUUUAAUUAUAAUUUUUCUGUAAGCAAAUAAGUUGAGUUGAACUCACAUAACUUGCCCUAGAUCUACCUCUGACAAUAAUUUAAGUCGAGCUAUACAUAGAGGUGCUUCUACUUG